AUGGCAGGUAACGCCGUAGGCACGGGCCGCGGGGGUAGCUCAGCCUCCAUGGGUGGAGGUGGCGCGCUGCCGGCGGCGGUGAACGUGGCUGAACGCACGCAGCUGCUAUCGGCUCUCGCGAACGAGCCGAGCACCUAUCCGCAGCUAUACACCAUGUUCUACCCGCGAGGGCACGCAAACGUCGGUAGCGUUCUUCGACCCGGCCUCUCCUCGCCCGCAGCGGUGGCGGAGACGCAGUGGUGCAUAGAGGGCACGCCAGCGUUGGUGGGCAGCGAGACCGUGGCGAUUGAACUGCUCACGCUGCUGCACGUCCACCACCAGGUGAUGCGCCAGCUAAGCGACGUCACCGAGCUCCACGACGCGGCAUGGUCGGCAUACCUGUCAGCACUGCAGGCCAAACUUGAAGCGGAUAUGGGGGAACCGAUGCGGGAGCACCACACCUCCGUGGCGCUGGUCUUGCGUACACUCAUGGAUGUGCAUCGAGGGCAGCUUGACAGGAGGACGCCCAUCACGUUGAAUCAACCCCUGAGUAAGGAAAAACAGCUUCAGAACCAAGAAGAAGUCGCCGUCAGCAGGCGUGUGCUGGAGGUGCUCACACGGCUGAUACCACCAACGCACGCGCUCGUCCGGCAGCUUGAUAGGGCGGCGAGUGAUGAGAUGGACAAGCCGCCAAUGCCGUCAUCAGUGGACAGUACGUAUGGCGCUGCAACCGCCUUGCUUCUGACGGCUGCUGUCAGUGCGGUGGCUGUGGAGGCCGCCGCUGCGCUGUCGUACUCAACGUCGGUAGCGGCAUCUGCUGGAGUUUCUCCCAUGGACGCGGCCCUCGUGAGUGAGUGGACAACGUGGCGCGACGAUGCGCAUGGCAAACUCGCGUCACACCUUCGAGGCCUCGAGGCAUCCGUCCACGACAGCAGCCUUGACAGGGUGGCGGUGGUGUUUCUGGACAUACUGUGCUGCCUACGGUGGAUCGAGGAGCUCGGCGUUGUUCUCCCGCCGGCAAUGGGAAGUGCGGUUGAGGAGUCGUGCCAACGAAUUCUGCUUCAGGCAUGUCGGUGCGCAGAAACCGCGAAGGGUGCGGAGCUAUUCGAGCGUGUCUGCACAUCAGCGGUGGCGGCGGAGCUUCGCCGACUUUCGCCGGAGCGCACCGCUUACGCGCAGGUCAUUACGGAUGUGUCCACCGUUGCCACCGCUUACCUCCGGCAGCGACCGCAGCGUGUGCCGCAGUUGAUGGAGCGCCUGGAGACAGAGCACCUUAAUUCGCUAGCGAAAGGCGGUGCUCAUCACAUACCGCCUGCGCGCCCAUCACUGCACAGUUCACUGACGGAGCUGCUGUACGCGAUGCUGUGCGCUGGCUUCCCACCAGAGUCGCUACUCACCAGCAGUCUCUGCGUCUCGUUGCCGCCGCGUGAUGUCAUUGACAUUGUGCGGAUAGUAAAUCGCUUCUCUGCAUCGUGCGCAGCCGCCCCUCUGCCAGUCCGCACGCGCGCGGUGCUCGUGGAUCAGGUGGCAGGGAUGCUGACACAGUGCAACAAGGACAGCUACCGCGUUGUAUUAAGCUCGACCGACAAAAUUGAGGAGGAAGACGACGCAGCGCCGGCAGAAACAUGGGCAGCAGCAGCGGGAAAGGAUAGCACGCAUCAAGGCACUACCACCAAAACUUUCAACCUAAUGCAGCGCAUGGCGGCGGGGGCGGCUGGCGCGGCGGCGCUGCCUAGUGCGUCUGUCGUGCUGUCUGCAACUGCGAUGCUGAGUCCGCAGUCGCAGGCAGCUGCCGCGGCCCGACAGCGCCGCGCACUGAAGAAUAGCAAACGAAACAAGCAGCAAGCGGCCUUGGGCGCCACAGACGGCAACGGGGUACUGGGUGUCAAUGGUGAGGAACGUGCGAUGGCCUCGGCGAUACUUACGCCAGCGCUGUACCGGCUGCAGGUGGAUCAUCUUCUCUUCGUUGGUCUGGAGGCGCUAGUUGAGUGCCUUCUCCGUGGCGAUGCCGCCGCUGUCGAGACGCUCACGCAGGCGUUACUGCCGCUGCUGCAGCGUGAGGGGCGGGAGGCGGCGCUGGCAGAUGCGCUCGAGGCCAUCUGGCAGGGCUUCCGCUCUCGUCUGACUGAGAUGGGCUGUGAUGACGUGAGCGACCUCGCCAGCGGAAGCCUGCGCACUCCCGCCUCAGCAGCCACUGCUGCAGGACGUAGCGGUCGACCCCCUGUACUUCCCGUAGCCCUCUCGGAAGAUGUCGAGAAGGCCCUGGCGCUGUUGCCGGCGCUCUUCCUGCCGCGCCUCACAGAGUCGGCGGUGAAGCUGCUGGGGUCAGACCUGCUGCACACCGGCUCUGGAGGCGGUUCCGGCAUGAGCAAGAGAAGUGGGUCCCUCAACCAUGUCACAGUCGGGAGCCGCCAUCACUUGCCUGCCGCCGCCGCGGUGCCGAUGUCAGUGGAAGAACUCACGGAGGUGGCGUUGCGGCUGAGUACGGCAGCUAUUCUGUGCGGCAUGCCAGCCGACACCGUCGCCCAGCUCACGGCUCUGCACAAUACUCUGAACAAGUCACACGGCAAGGCUGCCGGUUCCGGCGCUGGUGAUGGGAACCAGGAUGACGCAGCAGCCGCGGUCACAUGGGCGUUUGCAGUUGUGGAGCGGCUGGAGCAAUUUCUCUCGCAGCUGUCGCGACAGUCACACGGCUUGACGCGGCAUCCGCACUCCGCCCACGCGCGCAACAGCGGCCUCGCCGUGUAUCAGCUGCUGUCCGUCUACAUUACCUCCACGACAGCCGUCGCGAACAGCAUGACCCAGUCCAGCAAAUCCUCCCUCGCAUCCGCCAGUACAACACAGAAGCGGUAUCGGCACUACCUACUGACGGUGGUGCACCUGCUGUACCGCCUACGGACCGAGUACACGGUGAUAGUGGAGCCGGCGGCGCUGCGCAUAUUCCGCACAGACGUAUUCGACCCCGCGCUGACAGCCGUCAUGUGCCCCCCGUCCGCACCUUCAGCGCCGCCCCGCCGUGUCAAUGUAACGCCAGCACUGCAGAUGCCUCUCACGACACUGACCGAAGUGAUGGUGGUCAUGUGCGUCGCGGAUAGCGUCCAGCACGUCUCCCCUGCCUUAGUGCGCGGCAUUGUGGCGGCGGUGGAGCAGCACCUGAAGGCGCGGGCCACAGCACUGCAAACCCCUGAGAAGAGCCCCCGUGGGGCGUCGACUGCGAAUCCUGCUGACGUUGCGGACACCGCGACUGGCGUGCUGGCAACGCAGCUGCUCUGUGCUGCUGCCACGUUGUGCCUUCGCGCUGAUGACACCCUCACCUCGAUGUUACUGCAGCUGCUGGACCUGCUGAGCCCGCUGCUUACCACGUCGCAGACCAUGACGGUGCUGCAGCGCCUGCACGCGACUGGCGCACCGCUGCCGGCAACGCCGGUGCGGCGGCUCAUCGAGCGUCUCGUUGUGGCGCUGCGCCAGGACUUGCAUGCUGCGACGGAGUCUGGCGGCGGCGCGACAACCACAACACAGCGUGCGACGACGAUGACGCAGCGUAUUACCAUUCUGCACACCCUCAGCGCUGUGCAGCGGACCGCUGAGGCGGCCGUCGACGACGGUGACGCAGCGUCGCUCCUGCAGCUUCUACGCACCGUCCCGUACGGGCCACUGCUCCAUUCCUUGCUGCAGCCACAGGAGCUCGCGCAGCGGCGCUACACGGUGGGCGAGUGUGGCGCGCUUGUCGAGGUCGUCGCACACCUCACCGCUGGCGAAGCUGAUGCGGACAAGGUCAGCGGCUUACAGCGUGGCCCCACAGGAGGCGCUGAUGGAGCAGCGACGGAGGCGCAGGCGAUGGCCUCGGACGAGCCGCGGCAAUCGCCGAGAGGAGCAAAGGCGGAGCACACAGCCUCCGUGACGGCGCGCUGGACGGCGUCUGAGGCGGAGGCGAUGCGGCUGCUGCCACGAACCCUCGCCGUCUACGUACUGCAGGCGGUGCAGCGGCCGUACGAUGUUCACGACAUUCCGCUGCUGCUGCGCGGCUACGCGGCGCUGUCAGGGGAGAGUCGACUACAGCAGCAGGUGUUGUCUGGCUUCAUAUCACGCACAAUACGAGCUGCCCCGUUGCUGACGCCGGAUGAGAUCGUGCUGUGUGUUGAGGCCUACUGCGCGGGCAGCGUAUACCAUCAACAGCUCUACGGCAUCCUGCUUGGUCGAGUCGCUGACAUGGAGCGCAAGUUCUCGCUGGAGCUCUCGGUGCGCCUGCUGCGGUGCAGCAUGCAGGCCGAGAAUUUGAGUGUCCGCACCGCAUGUGUGACGGCGGUGCAGCCGAUCUUCUCUGCGCAGGUGCGCGGGCUGCUGCAGAACGACCCGCACAUGCUCGUAUCGGUCGCCUCCACUGCCCUGGCCAUCCUCCACUGCCUACGGGACUGUUUCCCGAACGACGACAUCGGCGCUGCUGUGCUCGCCAACAUUGCACGAUACCACCACGAUGCGAGCCUGUCAGUGGUAAAGGCCGCCUUGGAGCUGACGGAACGACGCGGCUCGACGGACUACGACGUCGUGCACAUCCUCGCCCGACACUGCACGGAGCGGGUGCUGCCUACCUGCUCCCCCGCGGAGCUGGCAAAUGUGUCAUACCUGCUGAUCGCGUGCGGACUGCGCACGGCGGCAGUUAUGGAGGCAACAUACAGGCGGCUCAUCGAGGUGGUACAUUCAAUGCAAGCGCACAGCCUCACUCGGCUGGCGCAAGGACUGCUGCGCGCCUCUGUGGAAGUCGACACGACGGUCAUGGAGGAAGUAUGCAAGCGUAUUGUUGUGCUGGCAGGAGACAGCGCCAUGGAGAACAGCGGUGAUGCUGCCGUCGCUGUCCCUCUCACCAUGCGGCAGGUGUGUGUGCUGCUUCAGCUGCUGCGCAGCGUUGCGAGUCGCGUCACGCUCACCGCCAUGACGACGGUGAACGCCCUUCUCUCGUAUGUGCAGCGCGCUGUGGUGCAGGAGCGGGGCGAUGGCAGGCCAAAGCUAGCACAAGGCAGCGCGACGGAGGAAUCCCUCAAGAGUGGCCAGCCGCUGUCGUAUCAUCCACCGCGGCUUCUGGGAGUAAUGACUCUACGCGAGGUGGAGGCCGUCCUCCGCUGCUGCAUCGAUCUCGCGAGUAAGCCGAAGGAGUUCCAGAGACUCACCCGCAGCCUCGCCGACUACACGGCGUACGUCAUGGCGCAGGACUCCCCUUCGCUUGCUACGCCUGGGGGAGGCAGCGAUGGCCGCCUCCCGAACUCCACGGCUGACCGCCUGCCCAACGACGCACUGUUGUCGACCUCCUCGACAUCUGCGCGGUCCAUGGGCGCCUCUCUCCCCUCCGCUACGCCUGCAUGGCAAACGGACCUGAUCCUCUUGGUCGACCUCAGCAGUCUCCUCAUCCGCCUUGGCGAGGUCGCCCACCCGGUCGUUCAGCAGCUCUUCGAGCGACUGUACGAUCGCCGCAGCACCCUGCUCCAGCGCGCACUGCUUGUUAAGACGACGAAGCAAUCGCUGGAGACUGUUGGACGUGACGUGCACCCAGCGCUGUACAAGCUCGUCGUCGAUGGAGAGCUGCUGUGA